AUGCAUCUUAUGUACACCCUCGACGCUGAGGGCAACCGCAUCUACACGCUCAAGAAGAAGACGGUCGCCGGCGUGCUCACCAAGUCGGCGCAUCCCGCGCGCUUCUCGCCCGACGACAAGUUCUCGCGGCACCGCGUGACCAUCAAGAAGCGCUUCGGCAUCCUCCCGACGCAGCUUCCCACCAAGCCGAUGUGA